GUGAAACUGGUGAAGCUCUUAAGAUGGCCCGAAUGAUAAAGUCUAGUAAUUGUUUAUAUCUCUUGAAGCUGUGUAAAACCCUAAAACAUCUGCAUCAGUUUCACGCCCAAUUCAUCACUUGCGGCCGAAUCUCAAAUGAUUUCAACAAGAACUCUGUUUUCGCCAAUGUCCUCUUCGCCAUCACCUCCGUCGCACCGACUUUAUCGAACUCUUCGUCGGCGUCGUCAAAUAUGGUCGUGAGCUACGCGACUUCGGUUUUCAGAUUCAUCACAAGCCCGUCAACGUUUUGCUUCAAUACCAUCAUUAGGAUUUAUACACUGAAUCAUGAUCCGUCUCUGUCUUCUCAACGUUUCUUCGUCGAGAUGCGACGUCGCUCUGUUCCUCCAGAUUUCUACACUUUCCCUUUCGUGUUCAAGGCUUGUGCAGCAAAGAAGGACUGUGAUCUUACAUUCGUAAAGACGCUGCAUUGUCAAGCUUUGAGAUUCGGUUUGUUGUCUGAUUUGUUCACUUUGAAUACUCUGAUUCGUGUUUACUCUUCUACUGCUUCAAUCGAUAGUGCAUUGAAGCUGUUCGACGAAAAUCCCCAAAGAGAUGUUGUUACGUACAAUGUGUUGAUCGAUGGGUUAGUGAAGGGCCGUGAGAUUGUUCGUGCAAGGGAGUUGUUUGAUUCAAUGCCCUUUCGUGAUUUGGUUUCGUGGAAUAGUCUCAUUGCUGGCUAUGCGCAAAUGAAUCAAUGCAGAGAAGCGAUCAACCUCUUUGACAAAAUGAUUGAUUUGGGUUUAAAACCUGAUAACGUCGCCAUUGUUUCAACUCUCUCAGCUUGUGCUCAAUCAGGGGAUUUAGAGAAGGGGAAAGCUAUUCAUGAUUACACGAAAAGGAACAGACUUUUUGUUGAUUCGUUCUUAGCUACUGGAUUGGUUGAUUUCUAUGCAAAAUGUGGUUUCAUCGAUAUAGCAAUGGAGAUCUUCGAGUUAUGUUCAGAGAAAACUUUAUUCACAUGGAAUGCAAUGAUCACUGGUCUUGCGAUGCAUGGUUAUGGCGAGCUAACGGUUGAUUACUUCCGUAAGAUGGUUAGUUCUGGUAUCAAACCGGAUGGAGUAAGCUUCAUAAGCGUUUUAGUGGGUUGUAGCCAUUCUGGUCUAGUUGAUGAAGCUAGGAACCUUUUCGACGAAAUGGGAUCUUUGCAUUAUAUUAAUAGAGAGCUGAAACAUUACGGUUGUAUGGCGGAUUUGCUUGGAAGAGCAGGGCUGAUCGAAGAAGCAGCGGAAAUGAUCGAGCAAAUGCCUAAUGAUGGAGGUAAAAGAGAGAAACUAUUAGCAUGGAGCGGUUUGUUGGGGGGAUGUAGAAUCCACGGGAACAUACAGGUCGCAGAGAAAGCUGCAAAACGAGUCAAGGCGUUGUGUCCUGAGGAUGGAGGAGUGUAUAAAGUUAUGGUGGAGAUGUAUGCAAAUGCAGAGAGAUGGGAGGAUGUGGUUAAGGUUAGGGAAGUGAUUGAAAGAGAUACGAAAGUGAAGAAGAAUGCUGGAUUUAGUAAAAUUUUGUCUUAGCCAGAUUUUCUUGAAAAGUUUGGAUCUAAAAUUAUUUUGUACUAAUGUAACAAUCAUUAGGAGCUGAGAGACUCUAGCUCAACAAGAGACUCUUUAAUAGUAUAGAGGGACCCAAGCCCAAUAAUAUGGACGUAUAUGACAAUAUUAAAACAGUGCACGUAGGAGAGCUCACUUUUGGUUGACGUGGCGUGUUAUGAUUGGUUAGCGUCGCGUGGCGAGAGAUUUGAUUGGUGGAAACAACAAAUUGACACAGUCGACCGGGUCUACGGGAUUGAAUAUAUAUAAUUUUAAUUUAGAGGAAACUGAAAAAUCUGAAAAAUCACAAUUCACUCUCUUCUCCGAUCUACUUCUCCGAUUUAGAUCUCUAUCUUGAGGUUACCUCUCUUGCCU